CUAAACCACUUUGUAAAACCCGACUCUAGAAACUGCAAGAGGUUAAGAGAUACGGAGCGUCAGGUGCCUGAUAGUCUACAGGUACCCUCUCCUGGAAAAUCAGAUUCAUCUCUCUCUGAGAUUUCUGGACUCUUUUAUAAAGAGGAAGCCCUGGAGAAGAAUAUGAGCGAUAUAAGUAAGGAAAUUAAUCUGAUGUUGUCUACAUACGCAAAGAUUUCAAGGGAGAGAGCAGGAGUAGAUGCAUCUUACGUCGACGAGCUAGACGGACUCUCCAGAAAAGCCAAGAUUAUUGAAAACUCCCUAGUCCAAAAAAUAGAGUUCCUGAAGCAGAGCUUUCCAGUGAUUACCAAUACUCUGCACAAGGAAAGUGCCUAUACCAGCUGA